GGGAGUAUAUAGAGGAACACAGGGGUCUGUACAAGGACGUGAUGAUGGAGAAUCACCGGCCCCUCACAUCACUGGAUGGGCCCAGUAACAGAGAUGCCCCAGAGAGAUGUCCCCAUCCUCUGUAUUCCCAGGAUUGUACAGAGGAGAAUCACAGGACCCCACAGGAGGAUCAGGGUGAAGAACUGACUGAUUUAAAGAAAGAAGAUAAAGAGGAAAAAGAAGAGACGUAUGUGACUGAUAUAAAGGCAGAAGAUAUAGAGGGAGCAGAAGAGACGUAUGUGACUGAUAUAAAGGCAGAAGAUAUAGAUGGAGAAGAAGAGACGUAUGUGACUGAUAUAAAGGCAGAAGAUAUAGAGGGAGAAGAAGAGACGUCUGUGACUGAUAUAAAGGCAGAAGAUAUAGAGGGAGAAGAAGAGACGUAUGUGACUGAUAUAAAGGCAGAAGAUAUAGAGGGAGAAGAAGAGACGUAUGUGACUGAUAUGAAGGCAGAAGAUAUAGAGGGAGAAGAAGAGACGUAUGUGACUGAUAUAAAGGCAGAAGACAUAGAGGGAGAAGAAGAGACGUAUGUGACUGAUAUAAAGGCAGAAGAUAUAGAGGGAGAAGAAGAGACGUAUGUGACUGAUAUAAAGACAGAAGAUAUAGAGGAAGAAGAAGAGACGUAUGUGACUGAUAUAAAGGCAGAAGAUACAGAGGGAGAAGAAGAGACGUAUGUGACUGAUAUAAAGGCAGAAGAUAUAGAGGGAGAAGAAGAGACGGAUGUGACUGAUAUAAAGGCAGAAGAUAUAGAGGGAGAAGAAGAGACGUAUGUGAGGGGUGAUCAGCAGUGUAAGGAGGAGGAGAUCCCUACAGAUAUCAGCACAGAUGGACGUAAUACAAGGAAUACCUCGGAGGAACAUCUCACUUGGUCUCCAGAUUUUAAAUUAGAAGAUAAGAACAUCAUACAAGGUUCUCCAGAAGAAAACUGCAUUACCUUAAAUAUACGUCCAGUACCUCACAGUGCAGAUAUAUCAUCGGAUCCCUCUGUUCCCGAGGAAUGUUCUCCUGGUAACUCGCAGAUUGUUGCAUAUAGUACAGACCACAGCAGUGAUACAGUAAUUUCCUCUUCUGAAUGUGGGAAAGGUAUUACUAAAAAACUAGCAGUUAUUAGACAUGAGAUGAGUCAGACAGGUGAGAGGCUUUUUUCAUGUUUUGAGUGUGGGAAAUCUUUUACACAGAAAGCAGGUCUUCUUAUACAUGAGAGAAGUCACACAGGUGAGAAGCCGUUUCCAUGCUCUGAGUGUGGGAAAUGUUUUACACAGAAAUCAGGUCUUCUUAUACAUGAGAGAAGUCACACAGGUGAGAAGCCAUUUCCAUGUUCUGAGUGUGAGAAAUGUUUUACACACAAAUCAACUCUUGUUAGACAUCAGAGAAGUCACACAGGUGAGAAACCAUUUCCAUGUUCUGAGUGUGUGAAGUGUUUUACACAUAAAUCAGCUCUUGUUACACAUCAGAGAAGUCACACGGGUGCCAAGCCAUUUCCAUGUUCCGAGUGUGGGAAAUGUUUUACACACAAAUCACGUCUUGUUAUACAUGAGAGAUGUCACACAGGUGAGAAGCCAUUUCCAUGUUCUGAGUGUGGGAAAUGUUUUACACACAAAUCGGCCCUUGUUAUACAUGAGAGAAGUCACACAAGUGAGAAGCCAUUUCCAUGUUCUGAGUGUGAGAAAUGUUUUAUACGUAAAGCCGAUCUUGAUAGACAUGAGAAAUGUCAUACAGGUGAAAAAUCAUUUCCAUGUUCUGAAUGUGGGAAAUGUUUUACACAGAGAUCAGUUCUUGUUAUACAUAAGAGACGUCACACAGGUGAGAAACCAUUUCCAUGUUCUGAGUGUGACAAAAGUUUUAUACUUAAAUCAGAUCUUGAUAGACAUGAUAGAUGUCAUAAAGGUGAGAAAGCAUUUACAUGCUCUGAGUGUGGGAAAUGUUUUACACAUAAGUCAUAUCUUGUUGCGCACCAAAGCCGUCACACAGAUGAGAAACCAUUUCCAUGUUCUGAGUGUGGGAAAUGUUUUACACAGAAAGCAUAUCUCGUUAUACAUGAGAGAACUCACAAAGGUGAGAAAUCAUUUCCAUGUUCUGAGUGUGGGAAAUGUUUUACACAGAAAUCAUAUCUUGUUAUACAUGAGAAAACUCACAAAGGGGAGAAACCAUUUCCAUGUUCUGAGUGUGGGAAAUGUUUUACACAGAAAUCAUCUCUUGUUAGACAUGAGAGAAGUCACACAGGUGAGUAGCCAUUUUCAUGUUCUGAGUAGGGACGGACAUCAGAUACCCAGUAUCUAAUGGUUGCCAGGCUUCUGACAUAAAGUCACGUGAUUGGUAGCAUCACAUUAUAACCUUAUACUAUUGAUGGUUAUCCUGUAUGCACACGCAGAAGCACAGAGCUUCGCAUUUGCGCACAUAAGCUGAGCUGCGAUAACCACUUCUAGGAGUCCACAGCUGAGUUCAAACAGCUGUCAGAUGAGCAACAGAAGCAGCUUCCGAUGACUGGCAGCCAUCGCAAACCUGGUAUUCGAUGGAUAAAGUACCUCCAUUGGAACGGGAACAUCUGUGGUUGGUAACAGUUUCCGAUGUCCAUCCCUAGUUCUGAGCGUAGAAAAUACGUUCUACAGAAAUCACAUCUUGUUACAUGUACAGAUGUGUCCUCAUACAUCUAGCAUCAAUGUACCACACACUGGGAGAUACAUGGCUUGAGUGAGGUGACAGAUGCAGCGUACCUCAGCUAGCAUCGGCUGUUUUUGUCAAAAAAAAGCUUCUUACUUGCAAUGCACCAGUAGACUGUGCUAAUCAAUUUGAUAUGCGGCACUUUAUCUGUGUGCGACUGAGUCUGUAUAUAAAGCAAAAUAGAACUUGACAUGGGAAAAUGCUGCGGUCGCUGCAUUACAGUACUUUGCAUGCAGAUUCAGAGACUCGGUCAUACACAGAUAUACAAAUGCUGCAUAUCAAGGUAAUUGGCGCAGUCUCCUGUACAUCUGUAAGAGAAGUCACAGGUUAGAACAAACUAUUAUAAGGCAUCAGCUAUUAUAGCUUAACUAACAGUGCAUACCAUAAAAGAAUCAAUCAUGAUUUUUCUGCCACAUUAAAUGUAUAUGUUCCUAUGGAAACCAGUCAUGAUUUGCUUGUUUGGAAAGUCAUGUGAUGGAAAAUUAUGUCACUCACGUCAGAGCGUGGGGGGAGGACGCGUCUCUGUACCUCUCGGGACGCGCCCCCGAACCACGUGCUCUAUAGCAGCCAAUGGACACAGUGCAGGUUCUGAUCACGUGGGAUGCAUCACGUGAUCGGAGCUUUGUCAUAAUGAUUAAAACCAGCCGACCAAUGGGAUUGAAAAUAGUUCCAGCCAUGUGACCAGAUGCGGUCACGUGACCGGCUAAUAGAAUGACAAUAAUCUCUUCUAAUGUAUAAAAACCUGAUUUAAAAUACUAAUUUUUAUUAAAAAAAAGAUGACCCACUAAUAAAGGGGAACUGUAUGAUUGUAAUGAUGCGUUUUUUAGAAUGAUUUGUUGGACGGUUUGCUUUAUUACAUUGAUGUACCAACACAGGUGCUAAUUGUUAUGCUAUUGAAAGUGGUAUAUAAAGACACGCCAGUAUACACUGAAUUUCUGCCCCGGAGGAAGCUGGAACCAGUGAAACGCGUUGAGCCUAUCUUUGAAUGACCUACCAGGAUCCUACUCCACCACUUUGCAUCCAUUUGGACCCUUUGGCAUUUCAUUUGGCAAUAAUUUAGACAUCGAUCCCCCAUUUGAACGUUGCACCAUAGCGUUAUUCCAGCUUAUCCCUUCAGCUUCAAAAUGGACUUUUCCUUUUCCAAGGGAUCAUCAUUCUUUCACAUCCGGUAAACAGUAUUGCUCUACAGAAUACUGCAUUUGAUUGGAAGUUGUCCUCGCCAAAAACCAUUGGUAAUACCUAUAUACAUGUGUGAGUGCAACAGAGAUCCGAUGCAGGGAGGUGUUUAUAUAUGAGUUUAAUUACAAACAGCAUUUAUUAUACACCCCUUCAUGUUUUAUUAUGUAUUACAAGGAAUAAAUUGUGAUUCUUUUUUAUGAA